AUGUACAACGAGAAUACCACGGAUGAAUCAAAAGUGAAACUAUCAAUGUUCAGAAGAAUUUUUGUCAAUAACUACAAUAUUGGUUUCAAAUCACCAGCUACCGACGUGUGUAGCUAUUGCACAAUACUACAACACAAAAUAAAAUCAUUUCCUAUAGGGUCAAAGGAAAGAAAUUACUUCAGUAUGGAAAAAAGAAUUCACAGGAAGAGAGCGAAUGCAUUUUAUCAGCUAAUGAGACAGGACAUAGAUGAUUCUGUCAGCUACUGUUUUGACUUACAACAGAUCCAACCCCUGCCAAAAACACCCGUGCAGGAGGCAUACUAUUUAAGACAAAUCGGAUUUUACAACUUCUGUAUAGUGGAUUUGAAAGGCUUGAACCCAAAAUUUUACUGCUGGUCAGAGGAACAAGCCGGAAAAGGAAGUACAGAAAUAUCAUCUGCUUUGUUACAUUUCCUUAUGAACACUGACUUUCAAUGCAGAAUUUUAAGACUGUUCAGUGAUGGAUGCGUCUCCCAAACCAAGAAUAAUAUUGUAGUUCGCACUAUUAUGUUCUUCAUUAGGACUCAAACUACAUCACCGCUUAAAGAAAUUCAUAUGCACUUUCCAACCCGUGGGCACUCAUUUCUUCCAGCAGACAGGGUGUUUGGCAGAGCCGAAAAAGUGUUGAGAAAUAAGCCGACUAUUAUUGUAAAAGAGGAAUACAUGGAAAUUUACAAAAACCUGGGACAAUUGUACAUACUAGGACAGGACUGGAAACUACCUAAAAAAUAUAAGCAAUAUGAAGAGGAUUUUUUUCAAAGUCAGCGAGGUCCAUGGUAA